GCAACAGACAGGAAGCGCCGCGUUUAUUACACAUCGAUCAUGCCUUAUUGUGAGAGAUGAUACGCUUUAUGAUACGGACUGAGAUGAGGGUCGUCGUACUUACCUGAUAAUUGACGUACGUAUAUGAGCAUUUUGUGCCAGGUAGUAGAGUGUAGUUGACGAUAAGGAACCGAAGAAAGUAACGGAUAGGUUCUAAUCCUCCAGAACAGGACCACGUGACAAUAACACCACACACAGAGGCUUCGCCUUGCUCCAUGGAAUGCCAUUAUUGGACGUGAUUGGCUCUUUUGUGCCGCUGGUGAUGCACUCCAGACAAAAUGGGUUUCGAUCAAGUGGAAUAUAUACUAGUUGUCCUUGAGUUGAUCAGCAAUACUGGUCAUCACUGUGUUUGAGAAUUAGGAGCGUGGCUUGGGCGGUUGGUUAAUGUAUAUUAUGAUGUGUCCUCGUAUUUACUGGUUGCCAAGGCGUUAGGAGGAAUGUUCGUAGCAUGCUACGAUGUGAGGAUCAUGCGCAUUGGUGCUUCUCAGGGCUUCCUCCCAGGCUCUUCCCGUAUGUCUUCCUCGUAUUCUGGGUUAAGGUAGGAAGCAAGGAACACUCACGAAUACAUUUUCUCGUCUACGUCAGUGCAGCAGCUUCAUAACUACAAAAGUCUCCUCCCUUUACUCUUUCCUGACUCAUUGCAACAUCAGCAAGUCUGAAGAGGAAGAGCUGUCCUGAACACCUCCUUCAAGCAUCACAGUCCUCCUUGAAGCUAUUACACUCUCAACAAGAACUCUGCAGCUCUCUAUCAUGACGCCUGUCUCGCCCCGCAGAACGUUGUAUGUCUUGGCCCUGUUGCUGCUUCCUCUGCUGCUCCUACAAACACCUGCAAGCGACGCGACUGUCGUGUAUAUGUUUCGCAAGGUGUUUGUGUCACCAAUAAUGGUAAACUCCUCAAAGAGUGAAAGCCUCUGUCACGGCGAGGACACCCAUCAUGUUGGGCGCUGUUCAGGCGCCUGCACUAUGCACGAGUGGUGUCAGCUGUGGUGUAGCAACUCUCCCCUCAUUUGUACCCUCUAUAGCGCCUUGGUUAUGCCCACCUACCGCGACGCCUCUCCGGAUGAUUCCCUCGUGUGCUACACUCGCCGGCCGAUGGACCUUGCCACUGGAGCUAAACCCUUCAUGGGUACCAUGCACGAGGACUCAAACGUGUCAACCCUCGUGGAUGGAAUAUAUGACAUGCAACAGGAAAAUUGUUUCAAGACCAAGAAGGCUAAUGGACAUAGAUGGUUUGUCCUCGACCUGGGAGAGAAACGCAGCUUCUCUCACGUUCGUCUCCGGGCACAGAAUAAUCGAAUCGCCAGUAAAAUGUUCUCUGAGGUUGAGGUUCGCAUCGGGAAUGAGCGUGUACAGUUUCCUGACGAUUUCUUUUCCUAUACUUUCUUUGGAAAAUUUAUCGGCCCAGCGUAUGCCAAUCAAGAGAUCGAUCUGACGACCUCCUCUCCUGUUCAGGCGAGGUUCAUUUCCGUCCAGAGAUUCGUCAGCCGUCAGCACUUCCAGGUGUGUCAUGUUGAAGUUUUCUGAGGCCUGCAUGUGUGUAUAGGACGUCGUCAUCGCAUCGUGCGUGCAGUGUGUUGUUUGCGUGCAUCGUUCCGUAGAGCCUUGAAAAGAUGACUCUAACUAUUCUAAUUUUCUGAGAAGCAUUCAUACUUUUAUUCUG